AUGAUAUUUCUUGAAGUUAUUAUCUCUGACUCGCCAUUGGACCGACUCACUGCAACGACUGUCUCUCUCUCUCUUAACCCUGUUUCUGUAUAUUUCAUUUUUGAUUUAUCUGAUAUUUACACUUUUCUGAUUUUUACAUUUUCUUUCUUUUUCAUUUUUUGGCCAUUUAACUUUUUUGUCUUUUUUUUCUGUUUUUUUUUUUUUUAUUUUUCUUCUUUUUUACUUAUGCUAUUUUCCUUUUUCUAUCUUUUUAUUUUCUGCUUUUUAAAUUUCUAUGAUGUUAAUUUUACAGUAACCAUUUUUCCUUUUCUUCAUUUUCUUUUUUGCAAUUUUUCCAUUUUCACAUUUCUGCUAUUUUUCCUUUCUUCCUUUUCAGCUAUUUCUCUUUCUUUCUUUCCUGCUUUUUUUGUCAACUUUUUCACUUUGUUUCUAUGCAGAUUUUCUGAUAUUCUUACUUUUUUCCUUUUUCCCUGCUUUUUUGUCUUUUUCAUUCAUUCCUGA